GAGUUUAUCAUAAGGUAAUAUUUGCAGGCAUCCUCAGUAAUGUCUUCUGCUAACACGUGAGGUACUUUUGUCAUGAUGAUGUGAUGCUACAACGACUGCAGUGGUUGCUCUCUCUCCAAGCAAGUCCUACAUAUAGUAGGUGGCCUGUGACUAAAGAAAGCAAAUCAUGUUUUGGAUCUAUUAGCAGAAGGAAGAACAAAUUAGGUUUUAUUUUAUCUUCACUUGAAGACAAAGACACCUUCAUUGGAUCUAAUUUUUUCCCGUUCUUAUCAAAGUUGCAUAGUGGAAGAAGGAUGAGUGUGUUCACUCAGCAACUCAACCCUAUAACAGGGAAGCUUGAGUGGGGGAUACAGCCUGAAGACUAUGACUACAAGCAGGAGGUGGCACGUUCUGCAUAUGCUGACAUGCUACAUGACCAGGAGAGGAAUGAUAAAUAUUUUGAAGGAUUGCGGCGAUCAAUAGAAGAACUGCGAAGACGUGGACAAGAGGUGCACGUACUAGACAUUGGCACAGGUACUGGGCUGCUCUCUAUGAUGGCAGUGUCAUGUGGGGCAGACUCAGUGACAGCAUGUGAGGCAUUUCAUCCUAUGGCUGAGUGUGCAAGGAAAGGAUUAAAAGCAAAUGGAUUUGCAGACAAGGUUCAUCUAGUUCCCAAGCGAUCAACAGAAAUUGAAGUUGGUCCAGGCAAAGAUAUGGAGAGGAGAGCUAACCUGCUCGUUGCUGAGGUCUUUGACACAGAACUAAUUGGUGAAGGAGCUAUUGACACCUAUCGACAUGCAAGGGAUGUUUUGUUGACAGAAGAUGCACUUUUAGUUCCAUCUGAGGGUACAGUAUAUGCUCAAGUAGUUUCAUCAAAGAUGCUUCAAAGAUGGAAUCGUAUUCAGCCCGUUACCAGAGUUAAACCUGGGACAAAGGAACGAGAGGUGUUGGUGUCAGUGCCAGUAUGUGUACAGCAGUGUCCAGGUGCAGCAGCUGUGCAUGAUCUACAGUUGUCUCAAGUGCCACAAGAAUGGUUUACACCCAUGUCACAUCCACUCCCUGUACUCUGGUUUGACUGGAGUGGCAGAAAGAAGGACAUAUCUUGCGAUGAAAUAACUCGUGUAAAGUUUGAAACCCUGGCAUCUGGAGACUGUGAUGCUGUACUUAUGUGGUGGGAUCUGCGGAUGGACCAGGAUGGGGAAGUCAUGCUUAGUUGUGCUCCAUACUGGGCACAUCCUAACCUUGUCGACAAAUGCUGGAAAGGAAGCAGUGAAGACAUUCCUUGGAGGGAUCACUGGAUGCAGGCAGUGUACUAUCUGCCACAACCUCGCACAGUGCUUCAAGACACUACACUCACACUACUUUCUGCACAUGAUGAAUACAGUCUUUGGUUUAACAUUCAGAAAGAUGAGAGUGAAUGUGUAUGUGAAGAACGCCCAGUAUGUGAGUGUGGUAUUCACAUUGUAAACUCCCGAACUCGUCUUGGGCAACUCAAUGAUCCUCGUAGAAUAGAAAUCUAUGUUCGAGUCUUAGAACGAUAUAUUAAAUCUGACAGUGUCUGCUUAGCCUUAGGAGAUGGCUGCUUAAUGGCUAUAGCAGCUGCUAAGUUAGGAGCCCGCCAUGUUUAUAUGACAGAGGGAAGUGAUGCUAAUAGAAGAGUGAUGCAGGAGUUCAUUAUGGCAAAUGAUGUUCAACACAAAGUUUCUAUAUUAUCCGAGGAUGUUAGUGAUACGUCCGUGGAUCAGUUGGUGUCACCGGCAACAGUAACAUUUAGUGAGCCAUUCUUCUCAACAUCUCUCUUACCUUGGCACUCAAUGUACUGUUGGUACCUACGUAACAGUUGCCUGCAUCUCUUAGCUCCCGGGGCCAUCAGAACACCUGCCACUGUCAAAAUCUGGGGUAUACCUGUGCAAUACAGAGACCUAUGGAAAAUUAGGGCACCACUCAGUCAGUGCAGUGGAUUUAAAAUGGACAUAUUUGAUAAGCUUAUUGAGUCAGCAUGUGAAGAAGCAGAUGAGAGAGUUGAGCCUCAGCCUCUCUGGGAAUAUCCAGCAAAAGCCCGUGGGGAUCCGGUCUGCCUUCUCACAUUAGACCUGGCUGCAACCAUUCCUGACAGCCCUUUAAUAUGUGCUGACUCUGUCACAUUGCCAAGUCCUGGUCUGGUCAAUGGCAUGGCUCUCUGGGCAGAUUGGCAUAUGACUGACCAACUUGAGGAUAUCCUAACCACAGGCCCAGUACAACCAGUUAUAUUAGAUCAGUAUAUCAGUUGGGAUGUAUACAGCCGACAAGGUGUCUACCUCUUCAGAGAACCAGUCACUGUUGACAAAGUGCAGCCAUACAGGCUCCAUUAUUCUGUCACAUUCCAGCCCUGUGAUGGGACACUGAUGUUUGAUUUCCAGUUAAAGAACCAAACAAUUUCUAAUGUACACAGUAAUAGUUGAUCUGACAGAGAAGCAUAUUAUGAGUACUGUAUUUUAUAAUUAAAAUAAAUUAUUUAUUCUGUUUUUAUAGUACUAAAAUUUUUAUUAAUCGAAAGAAGUGACAAGAACCAGAGAAUUACUUGGUAUUGAAAGAAGUAACUCAUUAAGCUUUGGGCAUCCUCUUGUUUCUGAAAGCUUAUGGCAGUGUAAAUAUAAAUAUAUGCAGUUACCAUAGCAUGUGGAUGAUUGCAAGCCUUAUAGCAUGAUAGAAUUGAUGCUUGGAAUGGGAUUAUUUUUUUGUGUACAUGUUUAAGAAACAUUCCUCAUUCAUCUCUUCCAUACAUUAUACAAAACUGCGGGUUAUUUGUGUAUUGUUUCAGUGACUAUUGUGCCUUUUUGUUCUUUUUGUAUAUAAAAAAUAAAAACGAAUGCCUUGCUAUCAAAAGGCAGUCGGGUAAAUGGUUGUGUAUUUUUUCCUAUAAGAAGUAUAUUGCCCAGCAAGUUGGGUUUACAUAUAUCAAUUUUUACUUUCUAAAAGAGAGAGUCUGCAUCACUUAACCCUUAAACUGUCCAAACGUAGAUCUACGUUUGCACGCAUAGCACUCCGAACGUAGAUCUACAUUCGAUUUUACAUUGUUUCUCUUGUAAAAAAAAGCGUAGAUCUACGUUUGGAGCGCUAUGCGUGCAAAGUAGAUAUACGUUUGGACAGUUUAAGGGUUAAGGAACCUAUAUCAUUGAUAAUACAUUAAGGAAUAUCAGGCAAACCUUACAUGCAUUAGACAGAAUUAAGCUCUAUUACUACAGUACUGUAUUUAGUGAAGUUAAUGUUAAUAAGGCUUAGGUUAAGUUUUCAUGCAAAUUUAAAAAUUUGCUUACGACGUCAAUUCAUGUAAAUAUAUGUUACCCCAUUUGUUAAAGUUUUCAAAUAAAUUUGUAAUAAAAUUUA